AUGCUGUUGCUUCGUGGCUUGCGCCUCCGGCCACAACCAAUUUUCAAUCUUCACGCGCGUUACGCGUCGCGGAAAGUGUUGCGGACGUUCAAGCUUGCAGAUAUUGGAGAAGGUAUCACUGAAUGCGAGGUUAUUCGGUGGUCUGUCGAGCCAGAAGCAAAGAUCGCUUCGUUUGACCCCUUGUGCGAGGUGCAGAGCGACAAGGCAAGUGUGGAGAUCACGAGCCCGUUCGAUGGAAUAGUCAAGCAAUUGUUGGUCGAGGAGGGCAAGGUGGCCAAGGUGGGACAAGGGCUAUGCUUGAUUGAGGUCGAGGAAGAAGAGACUGCAGAAGAGACUGGACGGAAAGAUGAGGUCAAACCAGAACAGCCUGCAUCACAGCCAGAGAAGUCGACUCCUUCACCGCCGCCGCCACAAACAACAACCACAACGCGUCAGCCCCACCCGCUUGACCCUUCAUUCAUCCCAAAGCUUGAUUCGACAAACGAUGUGCUUGCAGCGCCGUCUGUACGACACUACGCCCGUUCACAAGGUGUCAAUUUGGCGGAACUUGCUCCAGGAAGCGGCAAAGGCGGCCGAGUGGAGAAACAAGAUGUUGAUAUGUUCAUUCAAGGGGGAGGAAUUGCUGCUGCUGCCGCUACUGCCUCUGCACCUGUCGCUACAAGCGAUGGAAAGGAUGUAGUUGUAGAACUGGGCCGAACAAGGGCCGCAAUGUGGAGAGCAAUGGUGAAGAGUCUCGAAGUACCGCAUUUUGGCUACUCAACAACUCUCGACAUUACUGACCUCCACGCUCUACUUCCUCUACUAAACCAACACAUCCCCGCCCAACAUCGACCACCUAGCAACUCAACCCCAGCUUUUAAUCCGGCACAUGCACUCGGCGAAGGCGUUGGACUGCAAACUGUGCCCGCUGUUCCACCGACUGGGCAGUACACUCGACUAACCUAUCUCCCAUUCCUGCUUAAAACUCUGGCAACAACCAUGAUGGACUGGCCACUCCUUCGUGCCACCAUAACAGCAACGACUGCCAAACCAUCUCUGACGAUACGCCCCCAUGCAGACAUUGCUCUUGCCCUCGCCACCCCAACCGGGUUAUACACCCCAGUCCUUCGUGCGACUGAGACCCACAACAUCUAUACCAUUGCAUCAGAUGUCACCCAUCUUGCUGCCCUUGGUCGACGAGUUCCGUCGGGCCUGACUGCCGCUCAUCUCGGCGGCGGGGGCACCAUCAGCGUCAGCAAUGUUGGUGCUGCCGGUCAUGGGACUGGGGCAAUGCCCGUUCUUGUUCCCGGAGGCGGAGUUGCGAUUGUCGCAAUAGGUAGAGCGGAGUGGAUUUGGGAUGUGUCAGACAAGUAUUGGCAAGCUGGUGGUGCCAGACGAUUAAAGUUGCCAGUUUCAUGGAGUGCGGACCAUCGUGUCGUGGAAGGAGCUGAGUUGGCUGCAUUUGUGGAGGCAUGGAGGGCAUGGGUUGAGAAUCCAGGACGCUUAAUUGCGGCGGGUGUAUAA